CAGAUAUAAACGUUUAGCUAUCGAUAUACCCACGAUCGGCAACGAUCACCGGCACAACAAAGCACAUCACUGCUUUAAGAAGUCCAAGAAUUCGUUUGAGCCUAACUAAAGCGACGGUCGUUUUUAUUCUUUUGCAUUGCAUUGAGCCUAUAAAACAUUGUCCUCAUCGGUCACUGAGUACAGUAACCCGCAGGCAUUGCAUUUUGUUACUUCGUUCGUUUCCUCAACAAUUAAAAAUUCUGUUUAACAAAGUGAGAAGCUAAUAUUUAAAAAUUCUGUUUAGCUUUACAGCAAAGUGUAUUAAUUAAAGAGCUGUUAUUAAAGAGCUAUUUCUAAUUAAUUUCUGACGAAAUUAUGAACGCCAUUAAGAAACGACUGCAAAUGCUAAAGCUCGAGAAAGAUCUCGCGAUGGAUAGAGCUGAUCUGUGCGAUCAGCAGGCAAAGGAAGCAAAUCGAAGGGAAGAAAAACUAAAAGACGAGGUUCGUGAAUUAGCGAAAAAGCUGAUGCAAAUGGAACAUGACCUAGAAGUGAGCAAGACCCAACUGAUAAAAUCAAACAGAAAUCUCGAGAUAAAGGAGAGAGUCUAUAUCGUGACUCAGUCGGAAUUGGCGGUGCUGAAUAGGAAAAUGCAGCAAUGCGUGCAAAAUUUAGAAAAAUCCGAGGAGCGACGUUUAUCGGCUCAAGCAAAGCUCACGCAGGCUAUGGAAACUGCUGAAGAUGCAAAACGUAUCUGUAAAGUCCUGGAGAACAGGAGCAAGCAGGACGAAGAAAGAAUGGAUCAGUUGAUGACGCAGUUAAAGGAAGCGAGGCUUAUCGCUGAAGAUGCUGACACGAAAUCGGACGAAAUUUCAAGAAAAUUGGCGUUCGUUGAGGACGAGCUUGAAGCGGCGGAAGAAAGAGUUAAAUCGAGCGAAGCGAAAAUUCUUGAAAGAGAGGACGAGUUGUUCAUCGUUGGCAAUAUAUUUAAAUCCUUAGAGGUGUCCGAAGAAAAAGCUAAUCAAAGGGUAGAAGAAUUUAAAGCGCAGUUGAAGGAACUAAAAAUGAAACUGAAAGCUGCCGAAAAGCGUGCCAUAAUCGCUGAGAAAACUGUCAAGAUAUUUACGAAAGAAAUGGACAAGAGGGAAGAUUAUUUGCUAAAAGAAAAGGAAAAAUAUAAAUUCAUCUGCGAUGAUUUGGAUUCCACGUUCUCGGAGCUUACGGGAUAUUGAACAAGCUUUGAUCAAAUUGAUCGCUCAGUUAGAAUGCUAAUCAGGAUUCUCAUCUUAUUUAAAAACAUAAACUUUUACGACUUUUAACAAAUAUAUGUCAUCAGGUUUGUCCAGAAAAUCGACCCUAUGCACUUUACACGAUAUCAAUUUAUUUAAUCGAUUCUACGAUCGACACAAUGCAUCGAAAUGCCAUACCACAGAUUUAAUACAGUUUAGAUUUAAUCGACAAUCCAUUUUAAUCGUACAACCUCCGAUCGCAGAACGGAGAAAGAAUUUGCGAGCUUCUUUAGUUCAUGGAGCUCUUGCGAUGACUUUUGUGCAAUUUCGCGUCACGAUUGGA